AUGUACAGCAUGUCGAAAUCCACCAUCUCCACAAUUUUACAACGAAAAGAUUUGUAUAAGGCAGCUAGUGUUGCUAAAGAUGUUAUUCAAAUUAGUAAGUCACAAUCAACAGUGUUAAACGAGGUAGAAAAGCUAUCAUUAGUGUGGAUAAACGAAAGGCAGAUGGCCGGUGAUAGCCUAUCUGAGUCUAUCAUUUGUGAAAAAGCUAGGGCUAUAAAUGUAGAUCAGUUAAAGGAUAAGCCAUCAACAAGUGAUAGUGGUGAAACAUUUCGUGCCAGUAAGGGUUGGUUUCACAAUUUUAAAGCGAGAACUGGGAUUCAUAGCGUAGUUAGGCAUGGUGAAGCAGCCAGCGCUGAUAAAAGGGCUGCCAAAAAUUACAUACACCACUUUGAAAUGAUAACACAGAGAAAUGGCUUCUACUCUCAUCAAGUUUUCAACUGUGAUGAAACUGGGCUUUUCUGGAAGAAAAUGCCCAGGAGAACAUACAUUACCCAGGAAGAGCAGAAAAUGCCUGGCCACAAGCCUAUGAAGGAUAGGCUAACCUUACUGUUAUGUGCCAAUGCGAGUGGUGACCUCCAGAUAAAGCCUCUCUUGGUUUAUCACUCUGAGACCCAUAGAGUGUUCAGAAAACAUACAGUCAUGAAGAAUAGGCCAGGGGUCAUGUGGAGAUCUAAUGCAAAAGCCUGGGUAAAAAGAGUGCUUUUUCUUGAGUGGAUCAGGGAGGUUUUCUGUCCUACUGUUAAGAAAUAUCUAGAGGACAAAGGCUUACCACUCAAGGCUCUACUCAUCAUGGACAAUGCGCCUGCUCAUCCAAGAGACUUGGAAGAAGAGUUGGCUGAAGAAUUCCCAUGGCUUACAGUACUUUUCCUCCCACCUAAUAAAACUCCUCUACUGCAGCCUAUGGACCAGCAGGUUAUAGCUAACUUUAAGAAGCUAUACACCAAGGAACUGUUCCAGAAGUGCUUACAGAUGGUCUCAGAUACAGAUUUAACUCUUACAGAGUUCUGGAAGAAACAUUACAACAUCCUUUCCUGUGUGAGGUUAAUAGAGAAAUCAUGGGCCAAUGUCUCUCUAAGGACACUAAGAUCUGCCUUGAAGAAAGUGUGGCCUAAAAUAAUAGAGGAGAGAGACUUUGAAGGCUUUGUAGAGGAGCCUGAGUCCGCAACUGACCCUGUGGUUGAUGACAUUGUUGUAUAG